AUGUAUGUGUGUGUGUGUGUGUGUGUCUGUGUGGUUAUGCUCUUUUGCAAAAUGCUAGCAAGGAGACUGGCAACACAGUAUUUAUGCAUGCAUGUCUAUGUAUGUGUGUAUGUAUGAUUAUGCCCUUUUGCAGAAUGCUAGCAAGGAGACUGGCAAAGGCAAUUUCAUGUCCUUGCUUGAAAAGAAUCCUGAAACUGGCCACACCAAGGUAGGGGAGUUAGCAAAAUCUUUCCUCUGGAAUCCAUUUUUCCCUGUACGCUUAGAGGAUACCCUAUUUCAUGUUCUGUUGCUGAUCUCGAAACACCGAAUCCGAGUUGUGCCGGUCAUCGAACAAUCCAAUCUUAAAGUCACAGGUUUCGUUACACAGAAUGCAGUUAUCCAAUUGCUUCUUCAAUCUGAUGGACUCACUUGGUUCGAUAGUAUUGCCGAAAAGCCCCUAUCGGAAUUCCGGUUCGAAAAUGAGAGUGUAAGUUUUGUGUAUGGUGAUGACAGCAUAGCCGAUGCACUUCAUGUCUUGUUUAAAAGCCAAACCGGUGCAGUUGCUGUUAUUGAUAGACAAACUCGAAUGCUUAUCGGUAGUGUUAGAAACGGCGAUGUGUACCUUCUUCUGGAGAACGAUAAGAUUUUCCGUGAUCGAAAGGUUGUGACCGUGGAGGAAUUCAUUCGUAUCGAGACUAGUAACCAGGAUCCCAAUCCUACCAUCGAACGAGACAUGGGGGCUCUUUUAUCGGCAGGGGUUCUUCAACUACGAAACAAAUACCGUCCGAGAAUGGACUCACCGGUCACUAACAAAAAAACCGAUACGCUCAAGGAAGCAAUGAAGAAUGUAGCAAGAACUAAAAGCGAUUUCUGUUUUCAAGUCGAUGAUUCACAGCAUUUGCUCGGCAUACUCACGCUGAGAGACAUUAUUCUUCAGUUUUCGCCACCGUCUAUGAACUCUAAUAUCGAUGGAGGAGGCUUCUUUGAAACUACUCUCGAACUGACUGGUUGUCAGAUCAAAGGUGGAACACUAGUUUGUGAUCAUUAAUGCAUUUAGUCCUCAAGAGGAGUCACCAUUCGGUUUGGGCGAGUGCCGGUUCUAGUUCCAGUUUUGGCAUUGCUUCUAUCUACUGGAGUGUGCUCAACUGGAGAUGUUUUAACAAAUCUGCUCGGCUCCGGUCCUAGAACAUGUCGACGAACAACGGCAGAGGAAACCGAAGGCUGUGUUUGUAAAGAAGAUGCUUAACAUUUAAAAUCUGGGUUAUUGAGGUACUUGUCCUUCCAUCAUCUACUCGAGUUUCACCAUAACAGAAAACAAUAUUGUCGGGAACGGCUCCGAAAGGAUUAACGAUUUUGGAAGAAUAUAUUUAUGUAAUUGUUAAAGAAUUAAUCGUUAGGUGUCCCUUUUUUUCAUUCAAAUGAAUAUUUAAAUAUUUUAACUCUUAAAA